GAAUAUCUUGGUGGAUAAGCCCAAUGAUCAAUCCUCAAGAUGGUCUUCGGAAAGCAAUUAUCCUCCCCAGUAUUUGAUUCUGAAACUUGAAAGACCUGCUAUAGUCCAGAGUAUCACAUUUGGGAAAUAUGAGAAAACACAUGUCUGCAAUUUAAAGAAGUUUAAAGUUUUCGGUGGGAUGAAUGAGGAAAACAUGACAGAUCUCUUAUCCAGUGGCUUAAAGAAUGAUUAUAACAAAGAAACAUUCACCUUGAAGCAUAAAAUUGAUGAACAGAUGUUCCCCUGUCGAUUCAUUAAGAUAGUUCCACUCUUAUCCUGGGGACCUAGCUUCAAUUUUAGUAUCUGGUAUGUUGAACUUAAUGGCAUUGAUGAUCCAGAUGUGGUCCAACCCUGCCUCAACUGGUACAGCAAGUACCGUGAACAGGAAGCCAUUCGCCUUUGCCUAAAGCAUUUUCGUCAGCACAACUACACGGAAGCUUUUGAGUCCCUGCAGAAGAAAACCAAGAUUGCUCUGGAGCACCCAAUGUUGACAGACCUGCAUGACAAACUGGUAUUGAAGGGAGACUUCGAUGCUUGUGAAGAACUGAUAGAAAAAGCUGUGAAUGAUGGCCUAUUUUUUUUGCAGGAAUACAAACCUCGCUGGGGGCAGAUCAUCCCCAAAAGCACGAAAGGUGAUGGGGAAGACAGCCGACCAGGGAUGAGAGGUGGCCAUCAGAUGGUUAUAGAUGUUCAGACAGAAACUGUUUAUUUGUUUGGUGGCUGGGAUGGAACUCAGGACCUGGCUGACUUCUGGGCAUACAGUGUAAAGGAAAACCAGUGGACCUGUAUAUCCAGGGAUACCGAGAAAGAGAGUGGUCCUAGUGCCAGAUCUUGUCACAAGAUGUGCAUUGACAUUCAGCGAAGGCAGAUCUACACGCUGGGACGCUAUCUGGAUUCCUCCGUGAGGAACAGCAAAUCUCUGAAAAGUGAUUUCUAUCGCUAUGACAUUGACACAAACACAUGGAUGUUACUGAGCGAAGACACUGCAGCGGAUGGAGGUCCAAAGCUGGUGUUCGAUCAUCAGAUGUGUAUGGAUUCUGAAAAACACAUGAUAUAUACCUUUGGAGGCAGAAUUCUGACCUGCAACGGCAGUGUUGAUGACAGCAGAGCCAGUGAGCCGCAGUUCAGUGGAUUGUUUGCUUUUGACUGCCAGUGUCAGACAUGGAAACUUUUGAGAGAGGAUUCCUGUAAUGCUGGACCUGAGGAUAUCCAAUCCCGAAUAGGACACUGUAUGUUGUUCCAUUCGAAAAAUCGCUGCUUAUACGUGUUUGGUGGCCAAAGAUCGAAGACUUAUUUGAAUGACUUCUUCAGUUACGAUGUAGACAGCGAUCAUGUGGAUAUCAUAUCCGACGGCACUAAGAAAGAUUCAGGGAUGGUUCCAAUGACAGGUUUCACUCAAAGGGCUACCAUUGAUCCCGAGCUGAAUGAAAUCCAUGUCUUGUCAGGGCUCAGUAAAGACAAGGAGAAGCGGGAAGAGAAUGUAAGGAAUUCCUUCUGGAUUUAUGACAUUGUGAGGAACAGCUGGUCUUGUGUCUAUAAGAAUGACCAAGCAGCAAAAGAGAAUCCAGGUAAAAGCCUUCAGGAAGAGGAGCCCUGCCCGAGGUUUGCCCAUCAACUGGUGUACGAUGAGUUGCACAAGGUUCACUACUUAUUUGGGGGGAAUCCUGGCAAGUCCUGCUCUCCGAAGAUGAGAUUAGAUGAUUUCUGGUCUCUGAAGCUCUGCCGGCCUUCAAAGGAAUAUCUGCUGAGACACUGCAAAUACCUCAUAAGAAAACACAGGUUUGAAGAAAAAGCUCAGACUGACCCUCUCAGUGCACUGAAGUACCUGCAGAAUGAUUUGUACGUAACUGUGGAUCACUCAGACCCCGAGGAGACAAAAGAGUUUCAGCUACUUGCCUCAGCAUUAUUUAAGUCUGGCUCGGAUUUCACCACUCUUGGAUUUUCAGAUGUUGACCACACGUACGCGCAGAGAACUCAGCUCUUUGAUACACUAGUCAACUUCUUUCCGGACAACAUGACCCCUCCUAAAGGCAACCUGGUAGACCUCAUCACGCUGUAACGGAGCGCUCAGUGGACACGUGGAAGAGGGGAAAAGCAUCCAUUCUCAGUAUUUUAAUUUUUUUACUGCAUUGAUUGACUGCUGGGAUGAAGUAAUAUAGUAACCCCUAGGUGUUUGAAAGGGGUUUUAUACUUCUAUGGUGAAUCCCUGAAGCUUUUCCCUUGGAGUAGGUUAAUAAAAUGUAACUGACGUACUUCCGACUAAAUACAUAUAUUUUUUCUGACUUUAGAUUUUGAGUUAGCAAAAGUGAGAUGAAAAAGGUGGAGGGAGAGGAAAAACCACACCAAAUCACCCAGUCAUGC